AUGGCGAGUGAUGUGGUUCCUGAGAUGAAGACUUUUUCCAGCAUCAGCGGAUUUCUAUAUCUCGUUUUAAUUACAAUCACCUUAUUAUCCAAAUCUCUUGCCUUUUCUCUCUCCUUCCCUCGCACCCAAGGAAAGAGUCCUUCUAUCUUAGAGACCCAGACUACAGAUCAUGAAAACGAUGUUCUGUCUGAAGCUCUCUCCCGAGCAUUUCCUCCCUCUCAUGGCCAUAACCCAGCCUAUGUAGCAGCUCUUGCCGUUUUCCGUGAUCUUGAAUCGAAAACAUCCUGCCACAGGACUGCUGCAGCAUCCCUAGUUUCCGAUUGCAGCACCAUCGAAGGUAAAAACGAUAUUCUUAAGAUCACCUACGCAGCUCAGCUUGCCGUUUGUGAGUUCGAGGCUACCGGAAUCAAGUUUCCCCGGGAAUGCCAGAGUACGGAUGGCAGCCCGUUGCGGGAGACAAGAGUUAUGGAGUGCGUCAGGAGAUUGGAGGAGCGUCCGCAGUGGUGGACUACACUCAGUAAUAAUAUACAAAGUGCUGUUGUUAUGUGCUCUGCGGUUAGGCAUGAGGUUGAGAAAGAUGAGAUUCUGAUUCUCCAUAAGAAUAUAACCAAGACUCAAAAGUCUCUAUUCUCGGCAUUAUCUACGUCUUUAGAGGAGGCUUGGGAGUCGAUAACAGCACAGAAAAGCUUCGGGGGGAUCUGGAAAACCACAUUGAAUGGCGUGUUGGAGGACCUUGCUGAGACUAAGGGGAAGGUUAUGGACGCACUGAGGGAUGCCGGAGCCAAUGCUACCGGUAUCAUUAAAAAUUUGACCCAAGAACUAGAGGUGAGAAGGGAAGAACAAAUACGGACAGUUAGUGAGCUGAAUCAGUUUAUCCUUGGGGCGAUAAAUAAAUUCGAAGAGUUAGGGGAACGUUCAGAAAAAAUGACGGAGGUGGUUGAGACAGCGAUGGUAGAUCUAUCCACUGAUGUUAACGUAAAGAGAGGGGCUAUCGAACAGAGCUUGCAUUUAAUUCAUCGGAUUAGUUCUCAAUUUUAUGUUGACUUCAACUCGUCGAUUAAUAAUAUGCUGCGUACAGUUGACAAUCUCUCAACUAGAAUAAUCGACUCAUCUGUGAAGCUUGAAACUCUUGCCAAUACGUUUGAAUCACAUUCAUCGGUGACUUUUUGA